AUGAGGUCUGAUCUGGGAUGCAGAUGGUUGAAGCGUUCGUUAAAAGUUCUGAUGUGGAAGUUGGAUAUCUUCGAGCCUAUCCAGUCAAAGCUUACCAACUAUGAUGUGCUAAAAGUAAAGCAUUCUAUUUGUGGUAAAGGAUUUAGAGCAGCGCCCAAGCCCAUUAUGAAGCCUCAAGAUAAAAGCUCAGCCCAGUAUAACACGACUGUAGCAGCCAUUAUCGGACAGAAUCCUAAGCCAUAA